AUGCGGAAAGGGGUGCCGAAGGACCCCGACAUCGCCGAGCUCUUUUACAAAGAUGAUCCUCAGGAGCUGUUUGUGGGUUUACAUGAAAUUGGACAUGGGAGUUUUGGGGCAGUUUAUUUUGCCACCAACGCCCGCACUAACGAAGUGGUGGCAGUCAAGAAGAUGUCUUAUGGCGGAAAACAAACUAACGAGAAAUGGCAGGAUAUUAUCAAAGAAGUCAGGUUUUUGCAACAGCUGAAGCACCCGAACACCAUAGAAUAUAAAGGAUGCUAUUUGAAAGAACACACCGCCUGGCUAGUGAUGGAAUACUGCCUGGGAUCCGCUUCAGAUCUGUUGGAAGUACAUAAAAAGCCACUGCAGGAAGUAGAGAUCGCUGCCAUUACCGACGGUGCCUUGCAGGGACUGGCGUAUCUUCAUUCACAUUAUAAAAUUCACAGGGAUGUUAAGGCGGGAAAUAUUCUCCUAACGGAACCGGGUCAAGUGAAGCUUGCGGACUUUGGAUCUGCGUCUAUAGCCUCUCCCGCCAAUUCUUUCGUGGGAACCCCUUACUGGAUGGCUCCAGAAGUAAUCUUGGCUAUGGAUGAUGGACAGUAUGACGGGAAGGUGGACGUUUGGUCUCUCGGAAUUACCUGCAUUGAGUUAGCCGAGCGGAAACCUCCUCUCUUCAAUAUGAACGCUAUGAGUGCCUUAUAUCACAUAGCCCAAAACGAUUCCCCUGUGCUACAGUCCAACGAGUGGACAGACUCUUUUAGAAGAUUUGUCGAUUACUGCUUGCAGAAAAUACCUCAGGAGCGUCCAUCAUCGUCGGAACUUUUGAGGCAUGAAUUUGUACGCUGUGAGCGUCCUCCCCGGGUCCUCAUAGACUUGAUUCAGAGAACCAAGGAUGCGGUCCGAGAGUUGGAUAACCUUCAGUAUCGGAAAAUGAAGAAAAUCCUUUUCCAGGAGGUCCACAAUGGCCCUCUGAACGAGUCCCAGGAAGAGGAGGAGGACAGUGAGCAUGGGACAAACCUGACUAGGAAGAUGGACAGUCUGGGCAGCAAUCACUCAAUCCCCAGCAUGUCUGUGAGCACGGGCAGCCAGAGCAGCAGUGUCAACAGCAUGCAGGAGGUUAUGGAGGAGAGCAGUUCUGAGCUGCUUCUGAUGCAUGACAACGAGAGCAGCAUUAAUUCCAUUUCCUCUCUUGUGAUUAAGAAGGAUCAUGUAUUCAUAAGGGAUGAGGUGGGCCACGGGGAGCGCAGGCCUGAACUGCGGCCUACUCAUUCGGUCCAGAAUCAGGCCCUCCAUUACCGGAACAGAGAAGCGUUUGCCACAAUCAGAUCAGCAUCAUUGGUUACAAGGCAGAUCCAUGAGCAUGAGCAGGAGAACGAGUUGCGGGAACAGAUGUCAGGAUAUAAACGGAUGCGGCGCCAGCACCAGAAGCAGCUGAUCGCCCUGGAAAACAAGCUGAAGGCUGAAAUGGACGAGCACCGCCUCAAGCUGCAGAAAGAGGUGGAGACCCAUGCCAACAACUCGUCCAUUGAACUGGAGAAGCUAGCCAAGAAACAGGUGGCCGUCAUAGACAAGGAGGCAAAGACAGCGGCAGCCGAUGAGAAGAAGUUCCAGCAACAGAUUUUGGCUCAGCAGAAGAGGGAUCUGACCAAUUUCUUAGAAAGUCAGAAGAAGCAAUACAAGAUUUGCAAGGAAAAGAUUAAAGAGGAGAUGAACGAGGACCACAGCACACCCAAGAAGGAGAAGCAGGAAAGGAUCUCGAAACACAAAGAAAACCUGCAGCACACACAGGCUGAAGAGGAGGCGCAUCUUCUCAGCCAGCAGAGACUCUACUACGACAAAAACUGCCGUUUCUUCAAGCGGAAAACCAUGAUCCGAAGGCAUGAGCUGGAGCAGCAGAAUAUCCGUGAGGAGCUGAACAAGAAGAGAACCCAGAAGGAGAUGGAGCAUGCCAUGCUAAUACGGCACGACGAGUCGACGCGGGAGUUAGAAUACCGGCAGCUGCACUUGCUGCAGAAGCUGCGUAUGGACUUGAUCCGGCUGCAGCACCAGACGGAACUUGAAAACCAGCUGGAGUAUAACAAACGGCGGGAACGAGAGCUGCACAGGAAGCACGUCAUGGAGUUGCGGCAACAGCCCAAGAAUUUGAAGGCCAUGGAAAUGCAGAUCAAGAAGCAGUUCCAGGACACGUGCAAAGUGCAAACUAAGCAGUACAAAGCGCUCAAGAAUCACCAGCUGGAAGUGACUCCAAAGAGUGAGCACAAAACUAUUUUGAAAAGCCUGAAGGAUGAGCAGACGAGGAAGCUUGCCAUCCUGGCGGAACAGUAUGAGCAGAGCAUCAAUGAAAUGAUGGCGUCGCAAGCGCUGCGCCUAGACGAGGCUCAGGAAGCAGAAUGCCAGGCCCUGAGGCUGCAGUUGCAGCAGGAGAUGGAGCUGCUCAACGCCUACCAGAGCAAGAUCAAGAUGCAGACAGAAGCACAGCACGAACGGGAGCUCCAGAAGUUGGAGCAGAGGGUGUCCUUGCGCAGAGCACAUCUGGAGCAGAAGAUUGAAGAGGAGUUGGCCGCCUUGCAGAAGGAGCGUAGCGAGAAGAUCAAGGUUCUGUUGGAAAGACAGGAGCGGGAGAUUGAAACUUUUGAUAUGGAGAGUUUACGGAUGGGAUUUGGAAACUUGGUGACAUUAGAAUUCCCCAAGGAGGACUAUAGAUGAGAUUCGAUUCCUUUGGCCCUUUUCCAAAACGAAACCGAGCAAAAAUGCCAACCAAGCAAGAAGUAUGUUCUCAAACCAACAUUCCCCCCAGUCCGUCCCCAAGUUAUUGGCCGUGCUCUCUCUCUUUCUCUCUCUUAACUGACAUCACGUCGGACUUAGUGCCUGUAUAAUUUGAGUCCAUCAGGGCCUCCCACCUUCCCACCGAGUGUCUCUUUUGGAGCUGGACCAUGCUUGGCUGUCUCUGGAAACUCAUAACGUCUCACAACGCCAAUGUCUCUGUGCGAGCAAUUUCGAUUUUU